CAGCGACUUCGGCGGGCGGUCACUGCUGGGUGUUUGAAGAACUGUGAUGCUCAACGGAGACAUGCUUCCACGUCAGCAGUGACACCUCCUCCAGCUUUAGGGAAAACAGCCCAUCCUCACCAGAGCCCCCUCAGCAUGCCCAGGCAGCCCAGACAUUCCCUGGACCCUCCCUGUGCUGGCUUGGGCUCUCCACUGGGACAAAUCCUCAAGGAUCUGUUUGUCCCCUUCUGAACAGCCCGGACGCUGCAGCCCCUUGGAAAGGCAUCAGGGAGGUGACACACGGAACCAGGAGAGGUGACACACAGGACUCAGCAGAGGUGACACACAGGACUCAGCAGAGGUGACACACGUGACCCCAGAGAGGUGGCACACAGGACCAGCAGAGGUGGCACACAGGAUCCAGCAGAGGUGACACACAGGAUCCAGCAGAGGUGACACAUAGGAUCCAGCAGAGGUGACACACAGGACCAGCAGAGGUGACACACGUGACCCCAGAGAGGUGGCACACAGGAUCCAGGAGAGGUGACACACAGGAUCCAGCAGAGGUGACACACGUGACCCCAGAGAGGUGGCACACAGGAUCCAGGAGAUGUGACACACAGGACCAGCAGAGGUGACACACAGGACCAGCAGAGGUGGCACACAGGAUCCAGCAGAGGUGGCACACAGGAUCCAGCAGAGGUGACACACGGGACCCAGCAGAGGUGGCAGCAGGAGCCAGCAGUGACGAGCAGCAAGCGGGGCACUGGUAACUGCGAGGACCCUGUUGGUGCCCAGGACAUCCCUGCACCCUGCUGCAGUGAUGCCAGCUGCUGCUUAGCCCACAGGAGGAAGGGAUGGGGAGUCCCCCUCCUUGAACCCCCCCUGUCCCCCCCUGUGCUGGCUCCCCUGGCCCCCGGGAGCCCGCGGUGAUGUGACUGUGCUGAGCACACCCCCAGCCCCGUCGGGAGCCUCUCCCAGCCCAGCCCAGCCAUGAUGUGCGAGGUGAUGCCCACCAUCAGCGAGGGGGACCCGCUGGGGCCCCCCCAGGGCUCGGAGGCGGACGCUGACUUCGAGCAGCUGAUGGUGAACAUGCUGGACGAGAGGGACAAGCUGCUGGACACGCUGCGGGAGACGCGCGAGACGCUGGCGGUGACCCAGAGCCGCCUGCAGGAGACGCUCCGGGAGCGGGACCAGCUCCAGAGGCAGCUGAACUCGGCCCUCCCGCAGGAGUUUGCGACGCUGACGCGGGAGCUCAGCGCCUGCCGGGAGCAGCUCCUGGAGAGGGAGGAGGAGAUCUCAGAGCUGAAAGCCGAGCGCAACAACACCCGGCUCCUGCUGGAGCACCUGGAGUGCCUGGUGUCACGGCAUGAGCGCUCCCUCAGGAUGACCGUGGUCAAGCGGCAGGCCCAGUCACCAUCUGGGGUGUCCAGUGAGGUCGAGGUGCUCAAGGCACUCAAGUCGCUCUUUGAGCAUCACAAGGCACUGGAUGAAAAGGUGAGGGAACGCCUGCGUGCAGCCUUGGAGCGCGUGGCCACCCUUGAGGAGCAGCUCGUGGAUGCCCAUCGGCAGGUGGCAGCUCUGCAGCAGGGCUCUGCCCGGGAGCCGGCGGCGGGCGAGCGCGAGGACAGGGAGCCCAAGGAAGCAGCACCCAAACUUCCAUGGAAGCGUCUCUCCAAUGGCUCCGUCCACCCGGACGACGAGGCCGGGCGGGUGGUGGAGCUGCAGGAGCUCCUGGAGAAGCAGAAUUUUGAAGUGGUCCAGGCCAAGGAACGAAUCUCUGCCUUGGCUGCCAGCGUGGCUGAGCUGGAGGAGGAUUUGGGCACUGCCAGGAAGGAUCUGAUCAAAUCUGAGGAGAUGAGCAGCAAGUACCAGAGAGACCUCAGAGAGGCCCUGGCACAGAAGGAGGACAUGGAGGAGAGGAUCACCACACUGGAGAAGCGGUACCUGGCAGCCCAGCGAGAGGCCACCUCCAUCCAUGACCUCAAUGACAAACUGGAGAAUGAGUUGGCCAACAAGGAGUCCCUGCACCGCCAGUGCGAGGAGAAGGCGCGGCACCUGCAGGAGCUGCUGGAGCUGGCCGAGCAGAAGCUGCAGCAGACAAUGAGAAAGGCAGAGACGCUGCCCGAGGUGGAAGCUGAGCUGGCCCAGCGCAUUGCUGCGCUCACCAAGGCAAAAGAGAGGCACGGGAGCAUUGAGGAGCACCUCCGGCAGCUGGAGACUCAGCUGGAGGAGAAGAACCAGGAGCUGGCCAGGGCACGGCAGAGGGAGAAGAUGAACGAGGAGCACAACAAGCGGCUCUCGGACACCGUGGAUCGGCUGCUGAGCGAGAGCAACGAGCGGCUGCAGCUGCACCUCAAGGAGAGGAUGGCAGCCUUGGAGGAGAAGAAUACAUUGUUACAAGAGCUGGAAAAUACCCAAAAGCAGAUAGAGGAACACCAGCAUGACAAGCGGCGUUUGUCUGACGAGAUUGACAAGCUGAGGCUGGAGGUGGAUCAGCUCAAGACCAGGAGUGGGACAUUUGUGGAGAGUGUGCACACCAGGUCCCACAUGGGCAGUGCCACUGACCUGCGCUUCCCGCUGGGAGCUGUGGUCCAUGGCCCAGCCGAGCCCUUCGGAGCAGCCCCGGGGCUGCCCCGGGCACAGAAGGGACGAUUCGGUGCCCGGAGAGAGGAGCCAGCCAAGGACUGGGAGCAGGCCCAGGCAGGUGGGGUCCUGGCCGCGGGGCCUCACGCCUUCGACAGUGACCCCGACAUCUCCGACGUGGAUGAAGAUGACCAUGAGACGCUGUUCAGCUCCAUGGAUGUGCUCUCUCCUGGUGGGCACUCAGAUGCCCAGACACUGGCCAUGAUGCUUCAGGAGCAGCUGGAUGCCAUCAACGAAGAGAUCAGGAUGAUCCAGGAGGAGAAGGAGUCCACGGAGCUCCGUGCAGAGGAGCUGGAGACGCGGGUCACGAGCGGCAGCAUGGAGGGCCUGAACCUCACCCAGCUGUGCAAGAGGGCCUCCAUCCCCACCUCGCUGACAGCCCUGUCCCUGGCCAGCUCAUCCCCCCCGCUCAGUGGCCGCUCCACGCCCAAGCUGAGCUCGCGCAGCGCGGCGCAGGACCUGGACCGCAUGGGGAUCAUGACGUUGUCCCCCGCAGCUCGGGACGAGAGCCGGGAGGACAAAACCACCAUCAAGUGUGAGACAUCCCCGCCCUCCUCACCCAGGACACUGCGGCUGGAGAAGCUGGGCCACCCUGCUCUGAGUCAGGAGGAUGGCAGGAGCUCACUGGAGGACCAGGCUAGCAAUCCCAGCAGCAGCCAGGACUCCUUGCACAAGGGCUCCAAGAGGAAGGGGAUCAAAUCCUCCAUCGGGCGCCUGUUUGGGAAGAAGGAGAAGGGUCGUUUUAACCAGCUGAGCAGAGAAGGGUCCACGGGGCAGGUGCUGCUGACUGAUGUGGAGGGGGGCAUCCAGGACCCCCUGGGACUGGGCAAGCUGGGGGCUCAGGCUGAGAAGGAUCGGCGCCUACGGAAGAAGCAUGAACUCCUGGAGGAGGCUCGGAGGAAAGGAUUGCCCUUUGCCCACUGGGAUGGCCCCACUGUUGUGUCCUGGCUGGAGCUCUGGGUGGGGAUGCCAGCCUGGUACGUGGCUGCGUGCCGGGCCAACGUCAAGAGCGGGGCCAUCAUGUCGGCCCUGUCGGACACCGAGAUCCAGCGCGAGAUCGGCAUCAGCAACGCCCUGCACCGCCUCAAGCUGCGCCUGGCCAUCCAGGAGAUGGUGUCCCUGACCAGCCCCUCAGCGCCGCCCACGUCCCGCACGUCGUCUGGCAAUGUCUGGGUCACCCAUGAGGAGAUGGAGAACAUGGCAACUUCCACCAAGACGGACACAGAGGAAGGCAGCUGGGCACAGACCUUGGCCUAUGGGGACAUGAACCACGAGUGGAUUGGGAACGAGUGGCUGCCCAGCCUGGGUCUGCCCCAGUACCGCAGCUACUUCAUGGAAUGCCUGGUGGACGCGCGCAUGCUGGACCACCUCACCAAGAAGGACCUGAGGGUGCACCUGAAGAUGGUGGACAGCUUCCACCGCACCAGCCUCCAGUACGGCAUCAUGUGCCUCAAGAGGCUCAACUACGACCGCAAAGAGCUCGAGAGGAGGCGAGAGGAGACCCAGCAUGAGAUUAAAGAUGUGUUGGUGUGGACCAAUGACCAGGUCAUUCACUGGAUCCAGUCCAUCGGGCUGCGCGAGUACGGGAACAACCUGGUGGAGAGUGGUGUGCACGGGGCCCUGCUGGCCCUCGAUGAAAACUUUGACCACAACAGCCUGGCCCUUGUGCUGCAGAUCCCCACUCAGAACACCCAGGCUCGACAAGUGCUGGAGAGGGAGUUCAACAACAUGCUCGCCUUGGGCACGGACCGGAGGCUGGAUGAUGGCGAUGACAAAACCUUCCGUCGGACGCCGUCCUGGCGCAAGCGCUUCCGCCCGCGGGACGUGCACAGCAUCAACCUCCUGAGCGGCUCUGCCGAGACCCUCCCCGCCGGCUUCCGCGUCACCAGCCUCGUGCCACUGCCCCCUCCGGCUGCUCCCGCCAAGAAAAUGCCCCCGGAAGUCAGUGCCUCCGGGUCCCCAAGGCUGGAGACCUCCACGGUCCGGACGUACUCGUGCUGAGGGUCAGCGAGAUGGGAGCCAAGCCCCUGGGUGAGUGCUGGGGACCAAGGGCAGAGCAGGAGCCCCAGCAGCACCCAGGCAGGGAGGGGGCUGCCCUCACCAGGGUUUGGCCAUGGAGGACCAGGGAGAGCUCAGUGGUGGGGGAGCUGCUGCUGCCCCAGGCUCGCAGGGAUGAUGCAGGAGGGAUGUUCAGUGUCCCACCACGUGCAGUUUGUCCACUCUUGGACAGACAGCUCCUUGGGGACCCCAGGUGCCAUUCCCAGUUGGGUGAGGGAAGGAUAGUCAAGCACUUCAGGGAGGCUCCUGCUGUGCCCUGGGCCGUGGUUGCCCUGUGCCAGGAGGAUCCAAUGCUGAUUCCAUCUGGGUUUGUUGGCCGGUGGGUGCACAGGUGGAGCUGAGCCAGCGUCCUCACGGGGCCUUUCCCGCUUUGCUCCUCAGCAAAUCCCCAUGUCUGUACGCCAUGUGCUGGCUGCCUUCCAGGACAAGAGCCCAGCCUGUGCCUGUUCCUCGGCCCUGACCCACAGAUUGUCACUGCUGUGGACCGACAACUUCUGUCCCUCCUGCUCAUGCACCCCUGCUUCCCCCGGCUCCCGUGGCUCCCACCAUGGCCUGUCCCCCACUUCUCCUGCGCUGGCUGGGCCAUGGGUGUGCUCCGGAUGCUGUCCUGGCAUGGUGCAAUCUGGGGAGCAGCACAGACUCCCCCAAAGUGUCUGCAAUGUUUGGAAACCUCUCUCCUGCCUGGUUCAUGUUGCCAAUCUGCCACGGGCUGCACUCACUCGAGCCCUGGGCAUCGGGGAUGCUGCUGCCCACAGGACUUGAAGCCAAGGAAGAUUCAGGCUUGUGAAAAUCCUCCCUCCAGGGUGGCUGGGCAAGGAGCUGCCCUUGGGGGGCCAGGGCAGUGCCAGGGCUGGUGCUGGGUGGGAUGAAGGGGGCCCAGCGUGAGGCGAGGAGGGCGGUGUCUGCCCAGGGCUGGGUGGGCAAGGUGCUGAUUUUGGUGCUGUCAGGUGCCCUGUUGGGGGGGCUGUGCCUGGGCCCACCCCACAUGGCUCAUGGGGACGGUGUCCGGCACCCACAGGAGAGGGGACCCUCCUUGGGUGCCCAGGGCGACAACAGGAGUCCCCUCCACCCCCGGGAUGUGCCCACCCCUCCCCUCUGGGUGCAGAGGAGAUGCUCUCCCCUCCUGCCUCCUGGCAGGGGUCAAUCCAGGAGGCUCUUAACUCUUCCCAUUUCUUCCAUAGGGUAGGAUCUCUUUGUCUCCUCAUGCCACGUUUGCCUUGUGUGGCCCCUAUUUCUGAUGUGAUAUUUAUUGAUGGCUGGAAUGACCUUAUACUUAUCAUGUGCUGUCUGGAAGUGCAAUAUCUGAGAGACUCUACAGUCACAGCGUCUUUUCGGUGUAUCAUUUGCCUAAUACAGUACUAAAUAUUUUUUUAAUUUGAAGAGUCAGUGAGCCCUUUAUAUCGAUGCCCUAUUUCUUUCGUCAUAUUACUGGUACUGCAUGGACUCCAAACCCUGGAUCGGGUCAGGAAAGGAUGUAUGUGUGUUCCAAUAAACAGGAUUUUAAAACA